AUGAACCAAACAAAUCUGUUCAAGCCGGAAUCAGAAUUGAAUAACUCAACGAUGGGUGAGCGAAGCAGCCCACUGAAUAUUCUUUCAUUUAGUUUCUUGCUGAUGAUCAUGUUCAUGACUUUAUUUGGAAAUGCACUUGUUAUUCUCGCCUUUAAAAAGAACUCCAAGAUUCGCACAGUCACCAAUUACUUUGUAGUAUCUUUAGCCGUAGCUGAUAUCUUGGUGGCAAUAACGUCCAUGCCGAUUUGGGCUGCAUAUCCCUUGUUCGGAGCACAACUUAAAGAAAGUGUUCUUAAAAUCUGGACUUUUAUGGAUAUUCUCUGCGGGGUGGCUUCUAUAACAAACUUGACCGCAAUAAGUAUCGAAAGGUACGUUUGCAUAGCUUAUCCAUUUGAUUAUCAGAUCACAGUGACAUCACAGAAGGCAAUACCUAUCUUGAUCAUCAUUUGGUUAUUUUCUGUUCUGAUGUCCUCGCUCAAGAUUGUACUAUGGGAGGUACCUCCACCGAAAUACGAACUUGCAGUCGUAAUAAGCUGUUUUUUCAUGCCACUGCUAAUCAUGUGUAUAUUCUAUACCUGCAUCUUCAGGACUGUACGCUUUCAAAUUCGCCAAAUCUCGUUGGCGACGAACGUGAACAUGAAAAGAUUUCGUUUAGCGUCAGAGCUGCGCGCCGCGAAAACAAUAGCCGUUGUGAUAGGCGCGUUUGUCGUUUGUUGGGGCCCUUUCUUUAUUUUAAAUACAGUUUAUGGAUUUUGUAAUGGAUGUGUCUCAGCAGUAACAAUAACUGUGGCAAAAUGGAUGCAUUACACAAACUCUGUGCUGAAUCCCAUUCUAUACGCCUGCAUGCAUAAAGAGUUCAGGAAGGCAUUUUUCGUCACAUUACUUGGAAGGAAACGUGUUUUUCGCCGAAGAGGAAUGGAAAAAUUUUCCUCAAAUGGAACAGAACUCGUCCAGUUCUGAAAACGUUUUACGACAUAAAUGCUGGCUUCAAAUACUCCUUUGAUCUUUGGCCGGUUAAUAUAACGCUGCUGAUCAUUGGCAAUCUAAAAGUUUUGCCUUUUUGUUCAACGAAACAAUUACGAUUUUUUCAAUGUUGUACCUGUGUAAUUUCACACAGAUAUAUGAACGGGUUAUGUAAACAAAGUUAAGCAUUUGUUUAACAAAAUUGCGUCCUAAACACUCCUCAAUCUAGCUGAACCUUUCAUCUGAAAAUCUGUUUUUGUGAACAGUGGUAAGAGGACCGAAAGCUAUAAAGAGAAGAGAAAGUUUAUUGAGAAAAAUAAAGUCUGAGGCCCACUGAUUGCGUAAAACUGUGGUUUGGGUUAUACCUCGAGUAAAUAACCAGCGCAAGAGUUUAUAUCAUAUGGAUGUUAAGGCUUGAGUUGAACCCUGAAUCACAGGCAAAGAAUUCCCGCAAUAGUAACCGGGGAGAGCAUGUUAACGUCAGUUACAUCGGUGGUAACGACAUGCAGCAUACAGUUAAUCCUCAGCUACAAGACCACUCCGCAAAUUGAUACAUUUUAGACAUGAGAAAAGUUGUUUGCUCGGACUAGAUAUAAGUGUUUCAAAGUGGUAGCCGUUGUUUGAACAUUACAAAAUCUUAGCUCCCAAUAAAACAAUUAUGGAAGCUCAGCUGAUAGUAGCGUGAAGGACAAGAUUAUAUGCUUAUCGAAGCAUGGAGUUUGCAGACCUUUUAUAUAUGUUUUUUUUCUUCGUCACUUGCAAUCUCAACCACCGGUAAAAAAAAAACCAUUUAACUCAGCCAUGAAUGUCAUUUCUACCGAUUUGUUUUUCUGGGUGUUCAGAAAGGCUUGAAAUUGGGGAAGCGUUCCACUGAAGACUGGAGGAUUUUCAAGGAUCGAUCCAACUAUCAAAAGAAUCUCUGCGUAAAAAAAGCACUGACCGCCUCUCUAAUUUCAAAACCAGAAAAUGUCUCGCACAAAAAGCGGAUGAAUACGAAGUACUGCUCCAUCUCAAAGCGCAUAUUAUUCAAAUUAUACUAGUAUACGAAAUUAACAAGCCAGGAGCCCUUGAUGUGCAAUUAAAAAUUCAUUUUUGUAACAGGAUUUUGCUGCAAGGAAACUUGAGAACAGGUUUGUUUAUUUUGACAUCAAGUACCUAUAAAAAGAACAUUUAUCCUCUUCUUUUUACAGGAACCUGUUAUUGAUGGGGAACCAUAGCAACUUCCUCUCCCAUCAAUAAUCAAAAAAAUAUGUUUUGGGAAUUAUGAAGAAUGGCAUCAGUUUUCAAACACGUCAGAGAGGAGUGCUUUGUGAACACGUUCUCUCCGCUUACAAAUGUAAACAAUGGUCGUAAUCAACGAUGAAAAAAGUCGAACAUUAAAAGAUGAAAAACUUUUUCUAUAAAUGGAGUAAAUUUGGGACAUUCAAAUAGCCACUAUCGUGGCUGUGAUAAGGAACAGUCAUUAUCUAUCUCCCGACGGGGGUUCACAUAGUGUUUAGAGGCAACGGGGGGGAUUUGUCGUUGCUAACAGAGUAUUAAGGGAGUACAUAAAAAAAUUGACUGUCAGUGGGGGAGGGGGGGCAUUAGAAUAAUAAAGAGCCUGAGGGGGGGUCAGGUCAAUUUUACUGCAACAUAACCAAAAUCUUCCGACUACCUCCCCGUUGAUAAACAAUGACCAUUCCUUUAAGUUAUUUUUCAUUUUUCCUUUUUUUUUUUUUACCUCCGAGGUAACAGUCAUGUCACUGAGCUGUUUACAAAAUUAAAAAUUGUGGAUUUUUCACAAAGUCUCCAGAAAAGAAAACUAAAACAUCCAAAAGACUUUCCGUUCCUCUUUCGCAUUAAGGAAGUUAAAAGUACUUUAACGACUUUGUUUUGAUUUGAUUAAACAUUCGUUGGGUUAAAAAGUCACCUCUCCAAGAUUCGUCGCUGAUGCUGUCAUAAAAAAACAAGUUGGGUUUGAACGUAUGCAAAACUGUCACGUUUUUAAAGUCAAUCAAUAAAUAUUUACAAUAUCCCUUCAGGGUGAUGAUCGAGCAGGUUAAAGACGGUUGAAUGCAAAGGGCAAUGAUAUUCCUAAAAUGUUUUACGGUAUUAUGAUUGCUAUUUUUAUAAUUUGAGGAUUUCUAAGAUUUAUCGGAGUGAAACAGAACUGCUUAUUAAUUGCAGGGUUGAAUAUGAUUUUCAUCACACAAGAAAUCGAUAAAGAGUAACUCAAUAGCAGGAAAUUGCCACAGCAUUAUCGUUGUGUUAUGAGUAAUGAACGGCCUCUUGCCGGAACCCGCUGGUGGUUGUCAUGAAAACAAGCUUUUCUGCUUACCAGGGAUUGGCUAAGCUGAACAAAACAAGUUUUUGUGUGUUUUUCUUUUUGUUUGAAGAUAAAAGCACGGUUGUGGAGUAUAAGUGCUAUCUCAGGCACUGAUAGAUGUUGGUGACGAUAUAUGAGAACUGACAAGCCAACCUUAAGGUAAAAAAUAACACACUACAAACUCUAAAGUAGGGAAUUAUGGUCGAGAACUUGAUACAAAAUUUCACACAUGAAGGGCGUUACAUCCAAGCGAACCAAAACAUAUCAACUUCUCUGUUUUAUACGCAAACCUUAAACCUAAGCGGUGAGGCAGUCGCCGUGUUCAAAAUCUCAACCAAAGACUAUCAGUAAUAGCAAUGAGGAUUUAAACAAAAGUUUCUUGAUCUGAUCGCUGAAAUUCUGUGACCAAAAAAAUUUGCCUCUCAAUGCCUAAAUAAUGGACUUGCAAUAGAAAAACACCACGCAUCUAUUCUGUCGCAAAGGAAUUCAGUUUGAGUUUCAAGUUUUCUCCCGUGCUUUUGAAUUCAAAAUUAAUUCCGUCUCGUCGCAAAGACGAUUGUCUUGGCCUAACGAACCAGACCGCAUGAGUCAAUUAUUUAAUUCUUAUCGGGCUAAAAAGUAUCUUUGCUGACAAAAUCGAGAGUACAAAAGUAAGUAAAAAUACCGUACGCAUCUCAGCCUUUCAUCUUUGACUGCACAAAGAAGCGUAAUCAUUUUAAGACACUUCACCGGACGAUCUCACGUGCGGAAAAUUGAUAUAUACUCAAUGGUGUUUGAAUUUCUUAAGUAAGCCAUUUUGUCUAGCUAUUUAGCUUUUUCGUUCAAUUUUCUGGCGUUAAAGAAUAUGUUACCAGUUCUUUUUUUUAAGUUUCCAGUAUUUUACACCUAAAAAGUUUUUGAGGCAAAAAAACAUUGAAUGAUUUUUUAAGAUAAAUUGAAUUAUCUUGACGCUUUAUUCGACUUGACUCACUCGUAUUAAAGUAGAUUUUUUAAUAUAUGCAGAUGUGGCAAAAUAAUGUUUUGUUCGCGGCUCUUUGUGCGGCAUAAAACUUUACUAAUACGUCAACAAAUACUUGUUGAAUUCAUAACAGUAUUUCAUAUUUGUGUUGACAUUCAAAGAUAAGUUUCACCUAACUCUAAAAAACAAAAUCAAAAAACGCGUGCCGAAAGUAAAUUUUAUUUUUCCAUCUUCAGUUGGAGUCCAUCUCAUAAACAUGUUUUUUAUAUUGUUUUCUCUUUUUCUGCUAAAUGACGCAUUUCAGUAUUUCAGCCAAUGGAUCAUAAAAUAAAAACAUGUGUAAACGUAAGCCAUCGAAUACAAUUUCCCCAAUUAGCGCAGUCUUUCAGGAUACUAUCCGGAUUUCCGUUUUGGAGACUAUCCUUUUUAGCAGCUACGGUUUUUUCUAAAAUACAAUGAGGAAGAUGGAUCACUUCUACUGUUAGCAUAACUUUCAAACGUGAUGUUUUGUAGACUUUGCGUUUUUCAAAAGCAAAAUAGUGAAACAGCCUGGAAUAAAAAAAUACAGCAUAAAAAAAACGGAAAUACACCAAUACGCUCAAAAACCUUGGAAAUGUUUCAACUAUGCACUAACUUCCUCAUUGGUGAAAUAAAUUCCGUAUUUACUACAGGCGUAUCUGCACCUUUUUCGGGAAUAUUCCUCGUUGUGGUGAAAUUGUUGACUACAUACUGAAACGAAAUAAAAAAAAGCUAUUAAAAUGUAUUUUGAAAACGCGCAUUCAGUUGCCGGAAAAAACCUUUAAAAAUUUGGCUCUGCAUGUGCAAAAAGGAAGGUUUCGUAUUCUGACAAAGCCAGAAAACGUUUUAGUCUAAAGAUGGAGGAUAAAGUAACGAAAAUUUUAAAAAUUGAGUCUUAAAAUAUAAUUUCAAUUCAAGUUACGAAUGCUCCUGAACAAGGAAAAAUUUGACUUCCUAUAAGAACGGAUGAAAACAAAAUAUUUAUUGCUGACAUUCAUCUUAUUUUGAUUGUGAAUAAUUUUUACAAAUAUCGAUUUUUAAGAGGAGAAAAACAUGUAUGUCACGAUGAAUUUGAAAACGCCUUUUGUCAAAGGUUUUUGCUCCUCGCAGUAGUUCUUUUUCAUGGACGGAUCGGUUUUUUUUAUUUUCCAUGUUACUUUUCUCCCAUUUUAAGCGUAAAAUCAAACAGGAAAAUUAAAGAAAUAUGUUUACAUAUAAAAACACUAUAAAUAUAGCCUUAACGUCUAGAUAUCUGCAAAAUAAAACCUGCGUGUGGCAGUAUUUCGAAAUAUUACGGAUGAUGUCGAUGAUUAUGUAUCUUAUUUCAUCAGAAAGGAAAAACUUGCAGUUUUUUAAAAGAAGAUUGUACCCUGAGGCCGUCAGGUAUUGAAGGUAGAAUGUCACGAAAGCAAUAAAAUGAACGCACGUUGUCUGGAACAGCUUUAUGUUAUCAAGCUUUUCUCAGCCAACAAGCACAUAUGGUAAUAAUUUAUGGAAAUUUAUCAAGCAAAUGUAAAGAUAGUUGGUUUGUUUUAUCAUAAUUUCAUACUUAAGGAUUAGGAAUACGAAGAUAAAAAUUAUUCCUAAGAUGGUCUGUGGCUUUCCCUGGAAAUAUUACUCAUGCAUUCAGUAUGAAAGUUUACCACAUGAGGUAAAGGUUUUUGCAAACUUUACAGCUUUAUUCAACAACUUAAAGCAAAAUGAACACAAUCGCCUGUAUUUGGCUUUCAAGAGCGAGAAAGAUGAACCCAAAAUUGUUAAAGCUUUAGACUUAAGUUUUAUUUCGUUUUAGCUCACACUGGGCUUAACCACAGGUAAAGAGGAACUUUCAAAGAAAUAACUUUUGGUUUGGGAAAUAUCAAUGAAGGCACGUAUGCCCUUAAAUGAGACAUCAUAUUCGUUUAAAAAAAAUGAUAAAAUUCAUGGGCGCUUUGACAAAAUUGAACCAGUAAAAUCUCAAAAUUUUGAAGGGAACAUCUCAUUGAUAAACAAAAUGGCGAGUGUCCAUACAUGCAUCGCUAAAAAACACGUAAUUUCAUCGAGUCUUAAGGCUAGAGCAGAGAAUCGAGGCAAUCGUAAAACCCUGAAAUUUAGUUUUGCUCAGACAUUUGUAGAUACAAAUGACUCUUAAAUGUUAAACGGGUUCCUUUUUGAACAACCCAAUUAUCGAAUAUUUCUUGUCUACGUCCUUUAUGGUUUGCGUUAAACGCAGGUAAUCACGCAUAAGGAGAUUGUCACGCGAGCCUAAGACGAUUAGGAGUGGUAAGAAAACGAUCUUCCCUGAAUUAAAUAAUUUAAUCUUUAUUGCAUGAUAAAACGCACAGAUUGGUCACGUUUUUCUUUCGAUCAAAGCGAAAACAGCUUGAGAGCAAGUUUUACAAGUCGCUAUGCACCAUUUUCGUUUCUUUGCACUAGCCCAGAACCGAACACGGGUUAAAAUUGAAAGUUUGCGUGAAUCCUACAUACGACAAAAGCAAAUUUAAUAAGUUAUGUUAGCGCACCGCGCGUGAUUUUUUUUUACCCGCGUAGAAUUCGCCGAAAAGCAGGGACUUCUCGUGUUCUAAUCGUCAUGUAUCAUGAGAAUCAAUCUAUGAAAAAUUUCUACGCACAAAAAUGUCUGACGAAUCUUCUCUAAACUUUUCAAAAAUAGGCAGAUCUAGGCAUCGGUCUUAAACCUAAAAAGUUGACUAAUCACUCAGCGGGUGACUCCCAAAGAACAUCGUGUCAUACUGUGCGGAAAUAAAGCUCUCCUUCCGUGAAAAAAGAAAGUAAAUCAGCAUAAACAAGACGACAGGAAAAUAUCGUAAAGCGAGAGAAAAAACAACAAAAAAAGGUAGUCAAACUCCACAAAGGGGCCUUGCCACUCUUUUCGUGUUAGUGUGUCAUAAGAAGUUUCCAGCAGUGAAUAAAAAUUAUAAAAAUUUAUGAAUUCGCAACAUUAACUUAAAUUAAUUUCUACAUUUUAAAGCUUUUUGAAUGAGUGCAGUAAGCUUCUAUAAAAAUGAUAUCAGAAAAAUUUAUAUCGAAUGGCCUUAGUUAAUUUUACCACCAGGCAUGAAAAUAAAACGGGGCAGCGCUUCAGAAUGAGAGCACAUUUACAGCUUUUAACCAUUAUAGGAAGCUUAAAGAUAACAGAAUUUCCACAUCAAAAAUUUUACAUUUAGCAAGCUUAUGUUCAAGCGACUUUCAAGAAAUAACUCGCAACCACUACUUAAGAAGCAGUUUAUCAAGUUCAGGGGUUUUCCUUCGCCACUUCAUAAAAGCGAUGUCGAUUUAGAAAGCUUUGGCAAAAUUAAGGAAUAAGCCAAUAGUUUACUUUGAAAAUUGUUUCGUGCGCUUAAUAAUUAAAUACGAACAUGACAAUAGAUCAUUUAUGAAGGUUGUUAAAAGCAUCGUGUGCAUCUUAGGUCGUUUAACUUAAAUUGGCGCAGAAAACAACAUUAGGAACUUGAUCAUUUUACAUGCUAAGAAUAGCAAUGCUCCCUAACAAUGCAAUCUCAAAAAUAAGUCAAGAUUAUUUCGUUAGUGUUCUCCAACAUAAAUGGAAUCUUUAUUUUAAAUAGAUUUCUCCAGUUUCCGGAUAACUGCUGAGUUACAACCCAAAUUUUAAUAAUUUAAUUAAGAUGCGGAAUCUCUCUCGGAUUGAAAUAAUUUUUCACCCAAUUGUGUCUAACAACCUAAGACAUGACUCAAGAAAUCAGUUGAGAAACACUGUCACUAUUUUCGUAGUAUUUUGGAUGAAUUGCAGUUCUCAAAAAAGUGUAUUUUGCGAGCCUUAUCACUUGCAGACCAUGAUGACAAAUACCGUGCUCUGAUUGGUGGAAAUUACGCCCAAUGCAAGGUUCUUACACUAUAUAAAGCACUUACUGUGAUCCUUAGGACCCUACAGCAUUAGACAUCGUUUAGUUAUCAUUCCUAGCCAAGGAGGAAAUAAGACACUUGUUCUACGGACGAGCCGGAUAAUCGAGAUUACAAGAAAAUUCAUUUUCACUUUAUGAAGGUAAUGAACACCUACUUACCUUCGUUACUUUUCGACGCCUGUCAAAAAGUGUGAUCCGUAUUCUGUCAGCCUGGAAGGACAGCUGUUGUGUUGUGGUAAGUUUUCAGAGCACGUUUUUUUUCCAAUUUACCGGUAUCUGUCGCUUCAAAGAAGAGAAAUCCAUUCGCGAAAUACUCUAAACUCUAACUUUCUGAUUCAGGAGCUUUUCUGCGAUGUUGACAGUUUUUACAAUCUCAGUUGUCCGCAUAAAUUUUGUUUCCAACAAUAAUUCAAUCCAGGCCGGGUCGGUUUCUUUUUAUCUCCCUGCAAUGAAACUUAUCUACGCAAUAAAAUGAGCCGAGCGCACUUAUAUAUAUUUAUAUUGCCUAUUGCUAUUAAAAAUACAAUAAAAGAAAUAUUGGAAAUCUUUUCAAAUUCCGCUUCAAUAUUGCUGCCAAACAAAAAGUUAUGUUUAUUUUCUUCGGUUCUCGUAUGGAUUUGGAAAGUUUUCUUAUUAUUUCUUCACCUUCAAUUGUUACUUUCACUUUUUUUUCAAUGUUUAUAAGGUUGUUUUUCUUUACUUUCAAUCCAUGUCUCACAAGACAGACAAAUUUGAGAAAAAACUCACCAAGAGUCAUCAAUUUCACUUAAUUAUAUUGAGGUCGUGACAUCGAGAAAUCCACUUUUCGUUUAAAUAUUUACACUGAGAUGCAAAAUUAAUCAGGUUCAGUUCUCUUUUUGUUAAUGUCUCUGAUCGAUCAACACAGAAGCCAGCACAGUUUCCAGCUAAAUUCAUGUUUCCUAGCUCAGAUUGAGACAGAAUUGUGGAAAUACCAGAUCAUUUUACUUGCGAAAAGCUUACAUGAGUAGCUUCAAUACUGAGGAAGAAACUCGAGAUUAGUUGGGGUAUUUCUAAAGAUUUACUUCGCCUCUUCUCCAACCCACGUUUGAUCUUAGUUAAUCAAAUAUUUGACCUCUGGUCUUAUCCAACAAAGGUUCCUGAUUUUCGCUGCAUGAUCGAUUCUUUUCAAAUGUAGUUAUUUCCAACAUUCGCCACACGAAAUCUUUCAGACCAAUUCUAUUAUCGUGUAAAUAGCUUUCAAUUUUAACAUCGAGAUUGUGUUCGUCUGCAUUAUAAUGCCAUAUGUUCCAUUAUUAGUGCCAUUUGUAUCUCUUACAAACAAAUAUUCUUUAUUUAUACUGACCACAAACACAGGCCAUUAAACUGAGACUUUAUUCUGCAGAGAGGUAAACGUCGUGUGUAUCCCUGGCUUUUUUUUUUUUAACCGUAUAGUGUUUAAAAAACCGGGAAAUCCUUCACCAAUGUCAAACUGAGGAUAAAACCUACGAAGAUUUGAAAAUCGGCAUUUUACGUGUCACUGUGCAAAAAAGCUGAACGCGCAUGAUGUUACGUCGAAAGCGAUCUUCAAUUUACGAUUUGAAUCAAAUGCAAGAAGAAAUCUUUACAAAAAAUUGACUUUAAGAAAUAGAUAAAAUACCUCUUUUCAAUCUUUACUCCGGUAUUAAAUCCGGUAGGACUCUUCAUUCCUGUCAGUCUUUUGAAGUCGUAUAAUUAACCUUGUUGUUGUACAGACGACCAACAAGUCAUGUGCCUUUCAUAAAUCGGAAAUUGCGUUACAAUUAUUAUUAAUCAGUUCCCCUUGUAGGAAGUAGUUCGAGACGGGUGAUUAAGAAAAACGGUCUUUCCCGUAUAUUGAAUAUCUGCUAUUUGUAUUCAUGUUAGCUGAGGCAUGUUUCUCGAAGGUCCCGGUAAAUUAACCGUAAUUAAAGCUGUUUCACCCAAGAUGGGGGUUUAAAAAAAAAAAAAAUAUUACAUGAUAAAACUAUCAACUAAAAAAAUAUAUAAUAAACUGGUUGGGAUAUCAGAACUGGCUUCUCUAUUCCUAACAUUUUUAUUUCAAAAAACAGCUCCGGGUCCAUUUAGUUACCAUGACCUCCGAGAAACGGGCCCCUGGAACGCGAACUGUGUUAUGAGCACAGAGGCUCUUACAACACUAAGCCGCGGGACUUUAUAUCUAGGGUAAGGCCGACCUUUAACGCUACCCUCGACCAGAUGUGUGCCAAAAGGGCAGCUUUUCAAAAACAUUGAUUCUCUUUUUCCUUUAUUUCUUUUUUUUUUCUUCCUUUUCUUCUUUCUCCCAUUGGUAGGACGAUUAGAACAUUAUUAUAUGUAAAGCGCACGCACGAAAAUGCACUCGAGCGUUUCAGCCGCCGAUGUUGUUGUGUUUUUGAAUCAACGCCACGAAAUGUGGACAAAUGCAUUUCACUAAAUCGCCCUCCAAAGUCGACACAAAACUGUUGUUUUCCAUUCAGUACGAAAACGCCUUUUCCAAAUUUAUUCAGCUGGAGGCUUUUGGUUGGGUUACCAUAAAAAUUGCGGUGAAGUUUAUAGUUUAAAAGUUUAUAAUGUUGUUAUGAGUCCUCUCGCCCAAAAUACCAUCUGAUUUCCCCAAAAUCCUCUGCUGCCCUCGUCUCCUCCAAGAGAUAAAUAAUAAGCGGCCCUAAAGCUUCCACGUGCUGUGUUUCAAUUUUUCAGCUGGCUAUGACAAGCCCCACUCCAAAGCUGAAUAACAAUGAAACCAACGUUGAGGAGAAAUUCGACCGGGAAACAAUUCUCAUUUCCAUCACAUUUCUCAUUAUUAUCAUCUUAUUGGCGCUGUUUGGAAAUAUUCUGGUCGUUAUUGCCUUUCGUGUGUUUCAAAACCUUCGCAAUAUGACCAAUUAUUUCAUCGUGUCACUUGCUGUGGCAGACAUUUUGGUGGCAGGGAUUUCGAUGCCCGUCUGGGGCGCGUACAUCAUCACAGGACCAGAAUGGAAGUUUGAUAUAUGGGUUGAACAAGUAAGUUUGACUAUUUCAUUUUUCUUUUCUUAUUCUUUAAUAGUAACAUGUAGCUUUUCCAAUUUUUUAAUGCUUGCCUCAUCAGUUUCCGAACGAAAUUUUUUUGCAGCUAUGAAGUUAUGAAGAUAAGGCCUUAAAAUGAUUAUAGCGAUGUCUUUAAAAAUGCUCUCCCCCCCUCACUUUUGACGAGUUACAGCACAUGCGGCCCAAGCUCCAGCUGUGAGAUGAUCAUCUUGCACAAUAACAGAAUUUAUAAGAGUUUGUAUGAGAAUAUUUACGAUCGCUCUAAGGAAUAAAACAAUACGUCAAAUUCUCAAUGAAAAUAACUAACCUUACUUCCACAGCGUAUCACUUGUUAUCCGACCGUUUACUUUGAUGAAAAGAAUCCAUUUUAGCGAGUUGUCCAUUUCGAGGUUUUCAACUUACAUAAGAAAAGCCCGUUGAAAACCUCGAAAUUGACAACUCGCUAAAAUGGGCUCUUUUUAUCAAAGAAAGUGGUCAGAUAACAAGUGAUACGCUGUGGAAGUAAGGUGAGGUAUUUUUAUUCAGACAAACUGACUGUUAUUGUGCAAGAUGAUCAUCUCACAGCUGGAGCUUGGGCCGCUUGUGGUUACAGUAAUGUUUUCAAACCUGGAAUAUGAUUUGAUGACGAUAGGGGGUCAAUGUUGGAUUAGGGGAGGGGUAAGUGCUUAGAUACUGAUAUUGAUUCAGUAUUUGCAACCUUUACAUAACUGAUUUUUUUUUUUCGGCACUUUGUCAUAGGUUUGGAGCUGUGUCGACAUACUUUGUGGUGUUGCAUCAAUUCUCCAUCUUUGUUUCAUAAGCUUGGAACGUUAUGUAUGCAUUACCUCACCACUCACUUACCACGACAGAAUGACAACCCGCAAGGCUGUCAUUGCCAUUUUUGGUAUAUGGUCGUCUUCCAUCUUCAUGGCGGUGUUAAAACUCAUCCUUUGGUCCGUUCCCCCACCUUCCUAUGAAAUUGCCGUCAGUGUUUCUUGUUUCUUUAUCCCUCUGGUCAUUAUGCUCAUAUGUUACAUGCAAAUCUACAGAGCCGCGCAUCAUCAGAUCAAAAAGAUAAUUCUAACAGUCCAUGGCAGCCCAAAGAGAUUUCUUCUCUCCAAAGAACUCAAAGCGGCUAAAACAGUUGGAGCAGUUAUCGGCGCUUUCGUCAUUUGUUGGGGCCCAUUCUUCGUCUUAAACCUCGUGUAUGCUUUGUGCAAAAGCUGCUCACCAAUCCCUGAAGAGGCGGUUCUGGCAGCUAAGUGGUUGCAUUAUGUCAACAGCGUGUUAAACCCAAUCAUCUAUGCCUGUAUGAACAAGGAUUUCCGUUCAGCUUUUAAGAAAAUCCUUGCGUUUUCUUGUUUCUAUAUUGUCCCGGGUAUUCGGAGACAGGAAAUGGUCUGGGAGAGAUCGAUUUAUAGCGAGCGGACCUCGCUUAGAUCAACCAGAGGAAGCUCAUUACGAGGGAAAAGUUCCUUGAAAGACAACAGCUCUCUGCGAUCUUGCACAUCUCAUGUCGAGAUGAAUGGUUAUCAUUCAUGUGACAAACCCUAUUUCGUUUAA